GCUCGUUGGGGCACGCGGUGGGGUGCAGGCGGAGAGCGAGCGCGGGGUUGGUGGGGGAAGCAGACUCAGAACGGCUGCUGCGUUUAGGGAGUUGUCGCCGUGCUGUGUGAGCACGUAGCUUGUGAUGAGGAUUUGCGACUUGGGUGGGAGAGGGUUUGAGUGUGUCGGGCUUGUUAGUGAAUGGGGGGGAGGAGGGGGCAGGAGGUUACAUGGGGAAGUCGCAUUGGUCUGCAUAUGGGGUUUAGUUGAGUACGUUUGUACAGUUGGGGUAUACGUGCGCGUGUGAGCUCCAUGCAUAGUUCGGGGCAUCCACGAGCAGGGCAGGGAUGUUGUGUUCUGGAGCGAUGUGGAAAGCGUGGUUUCUAAUUCCUACGCAGUGUGCAGGUCGGUUUCUACUGCACGCGACAAAGCAGUGUUUUUCCGUGGCAGAGGCACGGAGUGUUUUCCUGCCCGUUCCCUGUGUUUUCUGCGUCUGGAGCAGUGUGCGAUUCCGCUCAGCAGGCAGGAGCGAGCGGCGCUGCCCUAGUGCGCAUGCGCGGCGCUGGGGCGGCCCGCUGUCACUGAGCCGCGGCCAUAAGCCAAUCUGCUGCCGCGGGGCGCGCAGACGCGCUCGGGUUGGAGAGUGCGGAGAGAAACGAAAACAAGCGUGAAACGGAUGAGGGGAGAAUGCGGGGAGCUGUGGAUGGAAGACGCGUUCCCCGUGCUUAGCGGUUAGAACAAAAAGAAGCAACUUUUACGUGGUCCUAUCCGGAGGACCAAAGACCAUAGAUAUUGGCGGACUCGUAGCGCAGAGCGGUCCGAGGCGGUGCUUUUUGUAGGAGCCGUGGAAGAAAUGUGAGAAAGAGGUGUCUUAGAUGAGAGGAGACAAGACUGGACUACAUGGAUCAAGGGAGAAGAGUGAGUUGUUUGCUGCAUGUUUUGCUUACAGAGCAUUGGUGCAAGCUGUUCAAUUAAAGUAACUUUGGCUAAUUAGAUACUUCCAAAAGACCUCUGUAGCUAGCUUUUCUUUCAUUCACUUGUAGAAAAGGACAUCUAAGCAUCAUACUUCUUCAUGCUCUAUUUUCAUUAUCGUACACUGUACUAGCGUUAUUCAUUUAUUUUUAAAUGCAGAAGUGACACAGCCAUAAAGUGAUCCAGCAUUGGAGUAAAUGUCGAGAUAUUAAGAAACUUAAUAUCUUACCUUUGUUUUCCUGUGAUCAUUUCCUUUUUACUUUGAGUCCCUUGACCCGAGUACCGUAAAAACAGUGAUAAAACCCAGAUUUGACAGCACAGACAACACUUUUAAAUGUGAGGGAAGAACAAGCAAUUGGCAGUCCAGGAUCAAUCUGAAACUUCCAAAGAGUCAUAACAAUCUCCCCCACUCCUGGAUAGGUACAUAUUACAUCAGGAAACUUAGUACAAUACAGUUACCAGAUGCUGAAUCAGCGUGAAGAAGAAACAGUCAAACUGAAUGCCUAGAGAAAAAUGGGUCAACUACCAUCAGUGAGCAUCAUGACUCACUGUCAGCAGAAAAUAUGGUUUGGGGCAUAGACAGUGGCUACAGCCAGAUGUCAUUUUUAAACAUUGGCUCUCUGUACGUUGCUAAUAAAUAAAAAGUCAUUUGAAUUUGAACUUCAAACUCAGUGGUUUUGGAAAUAAGCAAGGUGAGAACCUGCCUACUUUGUGCUAGCUCCUUUUUGCCAAGCAUCCCUAAGGCUACAGUUUCAGAGACUGAAUCAGAGAAUCCAAAGCACCAGAGGGACAUACUCGGUUGCAUCCUCAGUUCAUGGAAGUAGGGAGCUGCUCUUCUCAUCUAAUUAAUUUUGCACAUGGUAUCAUUGCUCUGAUGCAUAUAAUCAAUGCUACGAGUUUUUGGAAUAAAGUCUGUUUGUAACAGCAGCACAGCUGCUUUCUACUCCAUCUAGGUUUCUGUCAGUAGGCUCAUUCUUUUCAUGACGGAAUGCACUUGUUGUUUUGAGCACUAGCAAACAGGAAAUAAGAGAGAGUGACAAAUCACAGACACUGUAAUUAUCUUCUAGUUCACUGCAAACCAGCUAAAACAAAGUCUGGUGAGACAGCAUAUUGUAUGGCCAAACUGAAAAUGAAGGACCUUAAAUUAAAAAAUGCUGCAUCUCUUCCGUAAGUUGUUGUUUCAGAGUCAGAUAAAGGAGCACAGUUCAUCAAAGUAGGUGCAGACAUUUUGGGGGACUCCAAUGGUUAGCAAUUAUUUGACCAGCUAUUCAACAUUUAUAUAGAUAGCUAUUAUGGAGUUGAUAGUAACUGGAGGAAGAACUCAUUCAUCUCGUACCACUCCAUGUUAUUUGGAAAAAAACAACCAAAACCGCACCAGCACUGGACUGAAUUCUUCUCUGGCACAGGUGGGCACAACUUGCAGAGAAUAAUGUAGUCACAAAACCAUGGAGCUGUUUCUCUGUUGUGAGCUGAUUGUGCUCAAGAACAUACACUGUACUAAUGCUCCAAGAACCGUCCUAACCCUUCUUUGUGUAAGCUUAUACUUUUACUUUUCACAGUACCCUCUGUCAAUGGAAUACAUUUUAUGGUUCCAUUUCCUUGUUUUAAUCACCUACUAGACAAUUUAGAUGGGAGCUUGUAUUUCUUGCAUUGCAAAAGUAAGAGAAGUAAUUGCUCCCCACUUACCUUCUCCAUGUUCACUGACUUAAGUCUCUUUCUUAUACCUCUGAUAAUCAUACAGUUCUUAGUUCUGAAGUGUCGCUGUGAAGAUGGACCCCCCAUUAUUACUGCAUACAGUGUUCAAGAGAAGGACAUUGGAGGAAGAAUAAAUAUCCAAAACCUAACAUUUAGAAAAGAACCAGUGUUACUCUGUAGCUUGACUUCCUUGGGACACACAGUGUUAUCUGAAAAAUGGAAAAUGUAUCCAGAUUAUACAAUUCUUCAGAAAAAAAUUUUUAUAAUCUUUCUUCAUUUUAAAGAGAACGUGACGGACUGUUGUAAAGAUUUGCAACAUAAAUUCUUAACAGUGGGAAAAAUGUUCUAUUAAUUUGAUCAUAGCCAACAUCAGUUCUAAUGAUGAACUAAACAAAGUUCUCUCCAUCUUCCAUCUACCUGCCCAUGUUUAAUAAUCUAGUUCCUUGUUACUGAAGUAUGAGAUUAGCUAUUAGUUAAUUACUUAAUGCUAGCUCAAUUCUAAAGAGAGACUCCAUCUGUGUCAGAUAAUCCACCUAGAAGAAAACUUUCCAGAAUAACUGUCUGAAGUGUUGGAGCCCUUGGUAAUUGAGAGUAAUUACACAUAUAGUUCCUCCGACAGAUAAAACUAAAACCCUAAACUCAAACAGGAAGAUUCUGACUGCCAUGUUGUAUGACCUCCAACUCUAGUUUGAAAUUAUUCCUUGAUUUCCACCCCCCUCAAGAUUCAGAAUUUGGAUAAGUCAGUUUAGACACAGAGCUAGAGAAAUGUCACUUUCGUUAAUGAAAUUAAAAUAGUCCAUAAGCCUAAGAAGUAAGAAAGCCAAGAAUCUUCUUAUAAGGGAACGGAAAUUGAUGCUAAAUGCAUGUUUAACUCAGUUUCUGAAGACAGUAAAUUCUGUCUUACUGUGUAUUAGGACUUUUGCUUAGUAUGAAUUAUUUGUUGCUAUCUAAACAGGUUGAGUUGUAUGUUCUAGAAUACAAAAGUGACUCUGUUGUACAGUUUCAUCAGCCUGAUGAUUCCCUGCUGGAAGUCAGUGGAUGACUCAAAGCAAAGACAAAAGGCAGCCAAGUGUCAGACAGCAAAAGACAACACCAUUUUUCUUCCUUCAUGGCAACUGGGAUGAACAUUUGGGAGAUACGGAUCCAAAUGUUUCUAAAAGCGUUUGAGUGAGCAAGACCCAUCAGACUGCAAGCUUCCGACCUCCGUAAGACAGGAUACUUAGCGGCUAUCCUGGGAGGAAACUGAAGAUGACUUGGUCCUGUGCUGCAGUAAUGACACAUCACUGCUUUGGAAAAACAAUAAAAAGAAGAAAGGAAAAAAGAAAGCACUGAGAAUUCCAACACCGCAAAAAGAUUAGAAACGGAAUAUAUUUUGAGUGGAAAUGGAAAACUCUUGAGUUAUGCAACACACCAACACAGAAAUCUCCAAAACAGGUGUGUUCAUAACAGCAUGGCAUUGAGCAUGGAUGAAUUCAUUACAACUGAGCUACUCUUAAAUUCAGAUGGGAAUAGUUUGUGGGUACAUUCUCACGGAUGUUCCAGCGCAGAUAUUACUACCUCAGGCCUGCGCUUGUACCAUUGAUUCUUGUGGUUUGGCUGAACGGGAACAAAAGGAACACAAAGACACAAGAACUGUUUACAAAGAAAAAUGUACAAAGGGAAGAAGUAGGAACAGUGAAACAAAUAAAGAGGUAUGGAAGAGAAGGAAAAUCAGUGAGUCACAACUGAACAUGGACGAACGUUCAAAGGAAGUGAUGGAUGCAUGUAGAUGGCAAAACGCUUGGAUAUUACGUGGAGGGUAUUUCAGUGCUGACAUUUGAUUUCAAAGAAGAACCAGGCAGGUCUGCUUUCUCUCUCUACUAAUUUACAUCAGAUUACUAACUCUCCUCUAAUUUGUAUUAGGACAUUUCAAAGCUCAGCGCUCUCCAUGAUUUCCAAGGGCAAUUUGUGCUAAUGGAAAGGUAUACGCACAGAAUAUGAAUGAGUACAAGGGAACUUGAUCAAAAUUCCAGUCUCGUAUUUUUUCUGAACACUUGCUGCACUCCUUUCAGAUCUGGAAAAUUGCAGACUGACAUAUCUCUGGAUUUUUUAUGUCGUGAUUCUUUUCUCCUAAGAUCUACGCCCUACUGGUUCUGGGAAACUUGUGACCUCUGCAUUUUUAAUUAGAACUUGUAACAUUUUCCAUAGCAACAUAUUUUGAUGUUGCAAAUACAGAACCUGUCAAAUCAAACAAUUUCCAAGUGCAAAGCUGUGGUCUUCUGGUCAAAUGAAGUCCAAGUACAUAAAAACACUGAGAUGCAAGGAAAACUGAAAAUUAUUUGUUGGUUAACUCAUAACUUUGAUCUUUGUAAUUAAUAAAUCAGUACAGAUAUAAAAGAAUUACAUUGCAUGCUGAAGUGGUUUAGAUGAAGAACUCAGUACUAAUUUCAUCACAGAUGAAAGCAGAUAGGAUCCAUCUGUCUGACUGGUGUGCCAGUACUAACAUGGUACAAAGGAAAGGAACUGUUUCUAGGAAAUAGUCUGGAUAUGGAAAAAACCUUCACUCACAUGAUGAGCUGUGUGAGCAGGAAGUGAAGAAAAAAGAAAUCCUCUGAAACGAGACCUGAGCUCAGAUUUCAACAGACCUACAAUAUUAGGAGGAAUAAUACAAUUUAAUAUGAUGAGUUAAGAAAAACAGUAUAACUUAGCAUUUAAAUAUGUGUAUUAAAAAUAUAUAUAUUUAUGAUACAUGUCUUGCAGGUGCCAAAUAAGACUUCUUUCAAAUCUUAAGAAGAUAAACUAAGAAUUUCUGUCAUUCAUAUACAAUUAUAUUUCCUUUUCCUGCUUUAAGCUAAGACUAAUGGCCAAGGAAGGCAUAUUUUACUGCCAUUACUAAGACUGCACAAGGUAAUCACCCUUCUGCAAGGACAUCCUCAUGUAACUGUUACAUCAGCAGCCAAGAGAGAUGAAUACGAUCAAGUUUUGUUGAAACAAAUGCUGAAUACCAUGAACCCUUCAGGAAGAAAAGGCAAGCAUCAGUGUGGAAUGUGGUAAGAACUUUUCUGUUUCUGGUAGCGCUGGAUAUGUGAUACUAUCCCUUUGCUUGUUCCAUCUAUUUCCACUUUUUACAAAAAAAAAAACCCACAACACUGAGAAAUUAAGUUAAACGUGGUGUGUUUUAACCUUGCAUUGCAGAUAAGGAAUUCCAGGGGUUCCUGAAUCCUGCAUGAUUGCAGGCACCCUGCUUGAGUGUGCUUAACUGAAAGGUGAACAAAAAUAGAACGUUUUUCUAUUUCCUAUAAGGUAUCUGAUAUUUCCCCUCUACUGUCUUUGGUGUAAGAGAAAACUGAAGUUCAGCAUCCCAGAAAAUGUAUUCUGGUAGCCUGAAAGACUUUAUAAAUAGAGUAUACAAAUAGAUGGCAAUACUUAAAUGACAUAGAUUUUCUGCUUUAGAAUGAAAUGCUUCAUUUGAAUGAACUCCUGAAAUUGUUAGAACAGUUUUUUUUUUUUAAAUUGUUUAAACUCCCCAAUUUAAUUUUCAAAAAAUUGCCUUGAAGGUUUUUGAAAUCUGUUUUAAACUUAUUUACAAAACAAGAUAGAAGAAUAAAUCUACUGCUAUCUAUAACAUUCAUUUAAGUAGUUGGACAGCUAAUUUGCAACUGUUGUAUUAGAGAUACAGAAAGAGUGUCACUUAAGUAAAAAAAAAAAAUAUAUUAUUUUAAGGACAAACAGUAAAAAUUGAAUGUUUUUGAGUUUAGAGAAACAGAGUUUCAAGGAUUUUGCCCUCCAGUGCAGACUGCUCAUGCUUAUGCUGUAGCAAAGGAGGAGCAUCUUGUCUACAAGAAGCUUAGUGGAAGAAAACUGGCAGUGCCUUUAUAAAAAUGUAUUUAAUUUCUGUGUUUGCAGUUUUCCCAGCUUCUUCCCUAGAUCCUGGCCUCAAGGGUCCCAAAGAUGUCACAGUUUUAAACAGUCUUAUAAAUCUAGGAGGGGAAAUGAGCUGUCUCUCAUCUUAAACAGAGAGCCUUGGAGAAUGUCUAUGGGGCUUUACCAGCGGAGUUGCUGAAAACAAAGCUAUGAUUCAGGGGUCUCUGACCUUUCCCAGCCCUCCUCCACCAGUGUCAGCCUGCAGCCUGCUCUUUAAAAGUUUCUGCUCACCCAGGGAGCAAAAUUAGAAAUCUUCUCCAGGGACAGUUUUUCUUCCAUUAAGCCACUCAUCAGUCCACUGAGGCAUGGAAACCAAAAAGGAAAAAGUAAGUUAAAAAAUGUAUGUCGCUUGGUAAGGAUUUCCCACAGCAGAGUGUGAAUGUCCAGACGUGCCCACAUAGUCCAACACUACCUCAUCAGUGGAGUCCCAGCUUUUACUUUAGGUCUUGUUGUUCAAUGUGUACUGUAGUGGAAUAGAAAAGUGCCAAGCACUUUACAGGUGAUCCAUGCUUCUAUAAAGCAGAUGUGCAAGCGUGUUUGAACUGCGUAACAUCAGCACUUACCAAACGUGGAGACACUGUGGCCUCCACGACGAAUAAAAGCAUUCAUUCAAACAUGCAUGGCAUUUCAUGAAUGGAAUCAUUAUUAUCUUCUCCAAAAAAAUUUGGCCUUAUGUUUGAUAUGCUAUGAUAUAAUAUAAUGUAAUUAAUAUCUGAUGAUAUGAUAUGAUAUGAUAUGAUAUGAUAUGAUAUGAUAUGAUAUGGUAUGGUAUGAUAUGAUAUGAUAUCUAUUGUUUCUUGGAAACAAAUCCUAGUGUAGUCUUUUUUUUAAAUCAUGGAUCACCACAGAUCAGGGUAAGGUUGAUAAAUAGAGAGAAAAUUCAAAUAAACUAAAAAUCAGAUUUUAAAAAUAACCUGGUGCAGUGUAGGGUUUUGUUUUGUUUUGUUUUGUUUUCAGCUUAAUUCCCUACUUGUCAUCAAAUGGCCUUUCCGAAGUUAAUCCUAGGAAACAUCCCAUUUUGGCAAGUCCUUGUAAUUCAUGUUAAUGUUCUUUCAGUGGUGGAGUUGCUGCUUCCACGCCCUGAGCAUCUCCCGUAUUUGCUGUAGAACUACUUCCUGCUGACGCGUUAAGCACAGGAAGUAAAAGCUUGGUCACAAAAUGUCUUCUGAGCGCAAAGGAAAAGCCUGCUCGGGGCUGGGGCUGCGUGCAAGUCGCAAUACUUUUCCUUAAAUAAUGGCCCGAAGCACAACAAGAUGUAAAAAAAUACACUCUUAGAAAUCAUUGUACUGCAGCAAGUGGUCACUAUUUUUCUAUACCCUUUUGCUCUUUUUUUGUGCUUGCAGUGACAGUUGUAGGUAUCUCACAUAGGCCGCUGCUCUCUGUUCACAGCCCUAAGUGCUGGUGCCCUGUAUGUCCAUAAAUGAAUGGUAUAAAAGCCUGGUGUAAAUAAGCAACACAAACGCAGGGUUUCCCUCCUCCACUCUACCAAUGGAGCUGAAAGGCAAAAUAUUGGAACGGUAAGGAAUGGUUCACUUUCAGCUGUGUCCUUCAAUGUAAAAGCUGCACAUUCCGUAACUGAAUCUCCUUUUGCAAUAAAUUCCAGUUUACACUGUGGCAAGCAAAUGUAGUAAAUAUUGGACCUCCAUCCAAUGCAAACUGCCUUAACAUAAGUGGUGAAUCGUACCAAACAUUUGCUUAGCUAAAUAUCUCAUUUCCUAUAAUAAUGACUAAAGGAUGAUCAUGGAAAUGCAUAAGAUUAGGACACACACCAUAUGGAUGUGCUCCACAACAUUAUCUCACUCUCCAGAAACUCGUAUUUUAGGAAUUUCUUAAAUCAGAAGACAGCGUCAGUCCUCUCAGGAUUUCCUUUCCAGGAAUGUGUUCAUUCUCCCUUGAACUCCUGCAGACUUCCCAUGCCCGUGACAUUCUGCAGCAAGAAGUUCAGUGCUGAGCUGUCUGUAGCAAGGGAACAGUCGUAUUCUCUUUACUCUGAGAGCGGCUUUUGUUGCCCCCUACUUCUCAUGCUGUAGAAAGCACGCUAGCAUUACCUUUGCUAUGUUUCUCCUGACCCAAAACAGUUCUCCUCUUUUCUCUCCUCUUUUCUCUGCAAUUUUAUUCCUUUCCAGACUGAAGCGUUCAACUCUACUAAGCAGCUUCUGCAUGCGAAAUAAUUGUAUACCCUUUACUACUGUCCUUCUCAACCUUCUUCAAAACUUUUCCAGCCCUGCUGUAUUCCUUCUGAAGCAGUGGAAUGAGAACUGCUAAAGCUGGGCUCCAGACUUGUGGAGGACUUUCUGGAAGUUGACUUUUUCAUCAUGUCUUGUUGCCCACCUUCUCAACCCAUCCCUGCAAUGUAUAGAGACCUCUACUCUCACAUACCAUGACAGUCUAGUCCUUUCAGUACUGACCUGUGCUUUCUGAAAUAUAUGACUAUGAUUUUGGUAUAACUUCAGUCUGAAAAAAAACAACAUAAUGACUUACUCCAAGCAAACAAGAUAACAAGAUAGUUUCUUCCCUGCUCUGUAGCUGUCUUCAAUACUAAAUGCUUUUAUUGUUGGACAGCCUCAGUAUACUGCAAUCCUAUAAUUCAAGUACGCAGAAGAGAUGUAGAACAAGGAAGAGUUUAGUUAAGCAGAAUGUGCUGAAGUUGUAAUUUAUAUAGUUACAUAACUUACAGAACUUCUGUAAUUAAAUGCUUUAGCAAGACCAGCAUGCAGUACUGUAUACAGUUGUAGUUUAUAUAGUAACAUUACUUAUUUAUAGAUAUACAGUUAAAGGUUAACCUGUCACCAGAGUAAGUUCAGGUCAUGGAGACAUCAUGCUAAGGACAAGUGGAAUUUUACUUGAAAGUCCCCUAGAACUCAAAGAAAAAACAAGUGAAAGUGAACCUAGUGCAUAUCUGAAAUCUUAUAGCUCAUUGGGAACUGGAUAUUUUCCCCAAGUCUUUAAGGAAUCUUAUAAGACUCACAACCUGGAAACGCUCUCCUCAUAGUAGGCAGCCACAACUACAUUUUCAAAAUUCUUUAUAGCCACCAUUCAUUGGAAACAUAGCAGUGAAUGUAACUGAUUGCACUGCAGUGUACUGCACUCAUAUAACCUCUCUAAGUUUUUACUGCACCUACUCAUAAAGCAGAAGGGUCAAACUGAACUUCUUUCUGUAUAUGCAAAAUAACCCAUUCCUACCAUUUUCUGAAAGAGCACCCCUACUGUUAACCUUUUAACUGUUAACCUGUUGAGACGGAGGUAGGCGCUUCUGAAAGCAAGUGAAACCAUCUGAAACCACCCCAUUGUUUGUAAGGACUCUAACCUGUAGACUAGUGUUAACUGUGUUCUGAGAGCACUUGUUGGAUGAAACUACUUCAGGACCAUGAGAGAAGACAUUUGUAGAAUCAGCUUUACGUUCUGAGGAGUGCUGGGAAGGGCUGUAACAACCAUUUCAUUUCAGAGCCUCGUGGCUGUAGGUACUGAACAGCUAAGCCCUUCCAAGACUGCCAACAUCUCUAUGUUUCUAGAGACUUAAUGAACUUUAAAAUGAAAGGGUUAAGAUUACAGCUGAUGGUAGUACAGGAGAUGCAGAGUUUUUUAUUCACAUUGCUGUUUUAAAUAAGGCAUCCAGACUCCGCUCUCUGAUUUUUCUAAACUUUGAAUCUGGCUCUUUAUGUAAAAUAUUUUGAAUAUAAAAGACCAUAUUAAAACGUCACCUAUUAUUUGGGCUGGGUGGGAGGUGAUAUUUUCAGCAGCAUUCAAUUUUUAUAGGACCUCUUUAUGUCCAAGAUUCCGUAGUACUUAUUUGGUAGUAAUGUACCCGCGUCCUCUGGGAGUCUCAGUCUGAGAACUUUCUGCCGUGGUUUUGUUUGGUAUUUGAAUUAGCACUCAAUUUCUUUUUUAUGUUGUUCAGUCAUAUCUUAUCCUCCCCGUCCCCUGCCUCGCCCCAGCUGAAGUUUGGGUUUCUUUCACCCUGUUUGAAGAAUUUCCUAUUGGGCAUGAACCCUCUGAGCCUACAGAUUAACCAUCCUGGCAUAAUUAAAGCUUAAAAUUUGAAAACAAUCAAUAAAAGUGAAACAAUGACACUAUCUGAAAAUAAAUGUUACCGAGAUGGAUCAGCUUACGCUGUUUCAAGAGCUAUGUGGAAUUUGUUCCCAUCUGGGAAAUAACUUGUUAAUGCAAUGUGGAUUUAAGGUCCACUUCAACCUAAACCAUUCCAUGAUUCCAUAUCUAAAAUACACCACUCUAUCAAAAGUUGUACCAGGUGAUUCACUACCCUGCAGCUCAAUUUAGCAGAAGGAAAAAAUCACUGUUCAUCAGGAUAUUAACUCCUGAGAAAUGCCACGCUAUACUUUGUUUGGACAACCUGGGCUAGUGCCAGAUCUGGAGGUUGGUGGCCCUACCUGUGACAGUGGGGUUGGAACUUGAUGAUCCUUGGGGUCCCUUGCAACCAAAGCCAUUCUAUGAUUCUAUAUUUGCAUUUCAAUUUAAUAACAUUUAAAGAACCAGAGGUAUGCUCUCAUCAAAGAUUUCUUCUUUACCAAAAACAGCAUCCAAAGGAAACCACAGAAUGCUGCACACCAGUUUUACUGUCCUUAACUUACUUAGUUGUUCCAUGUUUUACAUUGCUUCCUGUCCUUUUAGGUAUUUCAAAGGGCAGUUGAAUAUUGUGAAAUGUGAUUGUAAUUAAAAAAAAACAAAAACAACAAAAAAAACCCUUGAAAAUAUUGUCUUAAACAGAUUGUCUUAAACAUUUAUGCAACAGAUGCUAAUGCUUUGCCUUAAGGUUAAUGUGGAUGCAUUUAGCAUCUGUUUCUGAGUCACCAUGGCAGAGAUUAGAACGCUAUGUUUGUAUUUAGAUUAUCUGUUACAAACACAUCUGGGUGACCAUCCUGGGAUUAAUUUGUUGAAGUCUGACAUUUGUGUACUAUCACCUUAUUCUUAUCUGGUCCUCCCAGGGUCUGUUGUCAAUUCCAUAACUACCUCCCCCAUUCAGCUGAAGGAAGGGAAAUAAGAAAAUUGAAAGGUCAGACUUCUGAAGUCAUCUUCGCCAUGUGCUUAACAUUUGCAUCAUCAAAUUAAUGGAAUAACUGUAACCACAAGCACAAAAGAUAGAGGACAGAAGCUCUUUUUCCUUUGCAGUACAAAUCCUUCUCACACAGAACCUCACACUGAAUCUUUUCCCAGCUGUGCAGGAUUUACUUCCCAUUCUCUUCCAAGAUGCCAGAAACUCAGCCUCUAGCUAAAGCUUGCUAAGACAGCUCUUUUUUGUUUCUCUUGAUGAAGCAGACGCACCGCGUUCUAAACACUCGCUCUUUCCACCAUGAGAAAUGUUCAGGGAGAGAAAAAGCCCCAAGAUUGAAUGUUACCACUUCUUUUCUCAUUAUGUCAGUUUACACCACUGUUGUCAGUCAAUGUAAGAAACAAUAAGUACAAGUUAUGGAAAAUGCCUGGAGUUUGCCUUGCAGUUAUCUGGAAGCCUACCUGCCUUCCAUGAAGUCCAAAGAUGGUCAUGCCAUCUAUCUCCCUGAAGUAAAACUGGGCUCUGAAGUCUGAAAACUGCAAUAUUUUGUAUAGUUCUGCCUACAUACCAAGUAUCCUCAGCAUCCAAAAUCCACUUUGCAGGUCUUUGAACAGGCACUAAGUUUUGUUUCUAUCAACCAAUUCACGCUAGAAUGAGAGCCUUUUUACUAGUGUGUAACUGGCAUGUUGAUGUGAGCAAGUAAAGCAUCUGGGAAGGGAAGGGAAAAGGAAAGUGAAAGGGAGAGGGAAAAGAACAAGGUCAGAUCUAUAAAGAAAGUUGAACUCUAAGGAUUAAGUGAUGCUUCUUUGUGGAGAUCCUCCAACAACAAAAAAAAAGACAAGAUUCAGUGCUCUCAACAUAAACUACAGAGACUGACUGACCCCUGUGACUUUGGCUGAAAUCACAAAAUAGUGUAAAUAAACUGGAGCAAAACUUCUAUGUAAUGCAAAAGGUUAUCAGGGUACCCCCAAAAGAGAGAAAAGACAUGAUAAGGUGCUAAAUGCAAUCUUAUCCGUGUAGCAUCUUUCAGUCAACAUCUGCAGUCAUCUACGGUAGGCAAACUCAGGCCAGGGCAAGAGAAGUUGAGGUUUAUGUCCUAGGGUCAAGAUUAAAUUUAAAUAAGACACACGUUGCUUGCUUUUUUGUUAGCUGAGACAAACAUGAAGGUACUCAUUUAGUUUGCAAACACUCCCACUGUAAUACACUCUGCUAAAUCGAGAAAUGUUAUUGAGAACGUCAUAGGUGAGGAAAUGAUCAGGAGUAAAUAGUACCUCCAUUUUGAUAUCUGGGUUCAUGGAACCUCAUUUGAAACUGGAAGUUAUGUAAUAGGCCGCAACCAUUACCAGGUGUUGCCUACUGUGAGGGAAAACUACACAGAGCCACAUCUCACUUUAAAAAGCUUCCUAUUCCACUAAUUUACUUAGAGAUGGCACCUAGGAAGAGCACCAUCUUCUGAAAGUGUCUGCUGUAGUGCACAGCCCGAGAGAUACACACCAACUGCAAUUAGUAAUAAAAACACACGUUUACAUUUGUGAGUGUUGGAAAGGCUUCAGUUUAGCAUCUCUGUUUCGGUACAGAUGUUCUAUAAGUGCUGGAAAGCUCUUAGAGUAAGUUACCAGAAUCCCUCCAUCCAUCGGAAAGUGUAAAAACUCACACCUGAUGGCUCUCUCAAAGAAGAGUGUUGGAAGCCAUUUUUUGCAGCUGGUGAAGGAAAAUACAAGUUUAGGUGAAGAGUCUGUCACAGACCUGACACAACUUCCAGCAUGAUAAAGGAAGGCAAGAGACAACGAGUCUAAGAGUCAGGAGCGCUAUGAAAGUGUUUUUAAUGUCAGUCAAAACCAUUCUCCACAAUGGAUAAACUACAACAGAAAUGGGCAGGGUCCAUUUUUGGGAAGUGAUGCUUUUUGACUGUGAUGGUGCCACAGUGAACAUUUCACUUCAGUGCCAGCUUUGUAACAUUCAAUAUCUGAGUCUCUCUCUAUGCUGUUUGCCUCUAUAAUGGUUUCCAGUGUGGCUUACUGACUUCUACAAUCAGCAUAACCUUCUACUUUCUGCAAGCACCAAUUAUUAAUCUAUUAUUAUUACUUCUGCAGUUUCACAAUGCAAAGCAAAGACAGGAAAGAAAAAAAAAAAGUGAACAAAAGUAGCUUAUGAAGUCCAUAACAUGCAUAAGAUUUGAUACAUAAUGAAUUAAUUUCUUCUAAUUCAGUCCCCACCAGGACAACGGCUCCAGGGAUGUUUGGUCCUAAAGCUUUCAAGCCAUUGAAAUUCUAAUCUUUAAAAAACACUGAAAGAUGAACUUUGACUGUACAAACCUUUAAAUAAAAAUAGCAUUUUACUAAUGUGUUCUUCCCAAGUGCCUGCUUCUUCGUAGUAGGUUUCCCAUCCUAAUACUGUAUGUUUUUGCAGCUGGCAAUUGACACUGCCAAUGAGCCUUUAUGUUCAAUGUUAUUUAAUAUAUUCCCAUCAGAAAGUUAUUUUUACUUUUCAGUUUCAGUAUCUUCUUGAAGUGUCCUGCGUAUAAUGUUCAUAUUGUAAUUGGCAUUUUUUUCCCAUAGGAUAAAAAAAAAUAAAGAUUCAAACAACAAUAUUGAAAGAAUUUAGACCCGUUUGCUGAGAAAAAGAAUUUUACAGAAUGGAAAAUUGUUUUAUUUUACUGAUAGAAAAAGAGGAACAAAUGGAACUUUUUCAUUCAAGUAGAUAAACACCACCAUCAUAAUGAAUUAUUUCCAUUUAAUUUUAGUGGCAUGGGAGGAAAAGAUGUUCAGUUAUCAUCAUACAUGGUGCUUUUUGGCAGGGCUGUGCUCCAUCCUUAUACCCCCAGCUUGUACUGGUAGCGGAGGUUGCCUCAACUCAGGUGCAAGACCUUGCACUAGGAUUUGUUGAACCUCAUGAGGUUCUCCUUGGCCCACUGCUCAGCCUAUCUAGGUCUCUCUGGAUGACAUCCCACCCCUCAGGUCUGCCAACCGCACCCCACAGCUUGGUGUCAUCAGCAAACUUGCUGGGCAUGCAUUCAACCCCACUGUCAAUGUCACUGAUGAAGAUAUUAAAGUGUAUUGGCCCCAGCACUGACCCCUGGGGGACACCGCUCAUCUCCAUCCAGACAUGGAGCCAUUGAUAACCACUCUCUGGAUUCAAUCCUGCAGCUGGUACUUUGUCCAUAGAACAGUCCACCCAUCAAAUCCAUAUCUUUCCAACUUGGAGAGAAGGAUAUUGUUUUCUUUUCCACUAUACUUUUAGCAUGAAACUUUAAUUGGCAUUUUGUCCAUAUUUCUCACAGUAAGAUGGGUUCAUUUUCUGUAUUUGAAGAGUAGAUAUAAUUUACAUGUGUCUGCUCAGAACAUAUCUGCCAUUGCUGCAUUACAGUAAGAUGUACAUUUAUAUUUUGCAGUAAACUACUGAACAAGUAUACUCUGCCCCUUCCCUUGGACUGAGAAAAAUUUUGUUCACACACAAGCAGUACAAAAAUACUGUGAACUCCUUAAAGAUCUUCAAGCCAACACUUUCUGUUGAAUUAGAAAAACAAUCCUAUGUAGCUACAGAAAUAAUGUUUGCAUUUUAUCAGUGUUGUCUCCGCCAAAGGCUGGAUUAUCUGUUUCACAUUCAUUUAAACACAGGAAGGUUAUAACAGGUCAGACAGCAAUCUGGACUUUAUUGGCUGGGAAAACUGACCUCAUAAAUCUGAUUUGAUACAUCUGUCCUUUCAGCUGUCUGCAUAUAUGCCUGUGCAUUCAGUUGGCCAUCUGCCUACUCAGUGGCAGAUCAGCUCCUGUGGCUACUGCACAGAGGAUUUUCCAUGUCCCUCUCUCUGCCACAAAAAUAAAUAUAGUUGAAGGACUUCCUUCAGAAAGGAAGACGUGUUUAUGGUAGCUUGUAGGUGCCUAUGAGAAACAAUGUACUCCUGUGAUGAAUGGUCAGGGAACCACUGAAACUAUCCUGAGCCAUGCUGAUGAUGCUAAACACUGCUGGAAACAGACAAUGAUGCUACUCUCCUUGCUAUACUUUCUGAGUACGUAUGAGAGUCUCUGGUUGAAGUACAUCACAAUAUAAUGUUGUGUCUCAUACUGCAAAUACCUGUCAGCUUCCACAUAUCUGCCAUUUGAAUCCAAUUAAAAAUGACCAAUUUUCAAAGAUACCAAGAUUAUAGUGGAAAUGAAGGACAGGAGCUAGUGUUGUGUAACUAGAAAACAGUUAUUAUGAUGCAACACUUCUUCCAGAUAUACACUGAAUGCUGAAUUGCAUUUCCUAGAGUGAAAUGUCUUCCUUUGUUUAUCAGAAAAGACAUAUGAAGUCUGUGGCUCUGCAGCACAGUGCAGAUAUGAGUUUUUGGAAGGAAGUCACCUGCAAUCCCUUUUUCCUGCAGUGUUCUGACCAUUCCAUUAUUUAGGACUAUCUAUAGAAGCGUACAUCACUUGUAUUCCAGCAGUAAACCAAUCUAAAGUAAUUAGUGAAUAUAAGACAUAAAUAAAAGUACAUUCUGCUCGCUGCCUUUCCAAAAUGAAGACUGACAAUCUACAUAAAUAAGUCUUUUUUACCAAGAGGCAGUUCUUAGAACAGCCCAAUACCUGACCAAGUUUUCUUCUUUCCAUUGACUUCCACUGGUCUCUCUGAGUUUUGAUGUGAAACUGAAUUUCAGAACUGGUUCUAUCACAAUUAAGCUCCCACCCCCAGCUCAGGCUGCCAAUGCCCAUCCAGCGUGGCCUUGGGCACCUCCAGGGAUGGGGCACCCACAGCUCUGGGCAGCAGUGCCAGGGCUUUACCACUCUCUGAGCAAAGUAUUUCCUCCUCCCAUCUAACACAAAUCUCCCCUCUUUUAGUCUAAAACUGCUCCACGUCCUUCUUGUGCUGGGAGCCCAAAGGGACUGCAGACAAAGGCAGUUCUUCUCUGCAAUAAGGGCAAUGUGGAAAGAAGAAUACUGGGAAAGAGAAAUUUUCUUGUUCCCAGCAAGCAGGUUAAAAAUUUUAAGGAAACUGGAGGUUUUGAACAACUCACUCUUGACACAGAAGUCACAGAAGAAAAAUAUCAGAGUGGCACAAGUUGCUGCCAAUCACCUCUUAAAAACUUUCUUUGUCAAUCAGAGUAGAGCUUGGUUUGCACUCUCAUCAAUGCACUAGGCAAUGGCCAAAAAUUUACGUUCUGGACACCUAACGUGCAACUUAAGUAUAAUACUAAGAAAAACGGAGACAUUUAAAAAUAGAUACUAACAGUUCACUUCCACUCCAGCGCUGGGCAGAGCCUUCACAUGUACUUUUUCCCAAUGCUUAUGUUAAGCUUCAGCCAAAUAAUAGUGUUGUCCAUCACCUUGAGAACACGGUUCUUCCUGCUUUACCUGGUGAACGCCUUUAAGAAUCCAGCAGCUGAGAUUUACAGUCAUCCUCGAAGAUUGUGGAUGAUAAAUUACAGUUCAGUUUCUCUCUGUGCUUCAGUGUUCCCUGCAAACUGCAGGUAACUAAUGCUCUUUCAAAUUUAGACGAGCUGGCACAAAGACACAGCUUCAUUCCAAAAUGACAGUAUGUCAACAGCGCUGUGUACUUUUUCAAAAGUACAAGUGGCUAGGAAACUGGAAGGCUCUAUAUGUAAACAGAAAGUACAUGACGGAAGAAAAAGGAGCACACACAACUUUUCACGUUGAUCACCACAUUUCUACAAUGAAUUUGGGACCACAAAAACAAGAUUAGAGCUGAAGAAUAGGCAGGCACUCUUAAUAUUCUGCAUAUUCUGGACCUCCAGUGCUCCUUACCAGUGGUUCUUUAUAGUAAAAAAUAUUAAACAUACGUAACUUUGACAUCUGCUCUUAAUGUAGUAACUCUUCGAAUUCCUAGGUUAACUGUCAAGCAGAAUGACUUUACCCAUCUGAUGGCUUGUGUGUGAAACGACACAAAUUUUGGAAGGGCUUACAGAGUCUCAAAUACAUCAUAAAACUGCAUUUGAAUAUUCUGAGGAGAACAGCAAGAAGGGGAAAACCCAACAUACCAACCCUCCCUUCUUGCAUAACAAAGAAUAAUUUUCAGACAUUAUGUGGUUCAGCAUUUCAAAAGGAUCACGGCGUAGCAAGGACAGACAGUGGUGCCAAGACACACAGAAGAAUGGCAGGAACUCAUGCAGAUCCAAGCCUUUAACACUCCACAACGUGGAUAUUCUUGCAGAAGCCAUGCAUGACACUGCUUACAAGGCAGCUACACGUCCACCAGCAGUACUGUGUGGUGUUUCAGGAUACUAGAAAGAAGAAAUGAGGCAAGACCUCCAACAGUAUUACCUGCACGUUUUUCUAAACAUUGAACACAGAGUAAGCAACUCCCAGACUCAGCUACGCAGCCAAACUGGCCCGAUGGCAUGCUGCAGCCAACCCCAGCGCAGCAUCUGGAUGAAAUAAAGACCUUUCUCAGGAGCAGCUUUUUGUGCAAUAUACUCAGAGGUAAGCUCAGCACACACAGAGCAGACUGAAAUCUUGUAUUACCAGCAUCACAGAGCAGUCCAAAUAUCUAUACCAGAAGAAGGAUCUGUAUGAAAAUAGGUAGCAGGACAUUUGAUGAACAAAUGAGGGAAGAAUUGUCAUCCUGAAAUUAAAAAGUAAUUACCUGUCUUCUGAAAAGUGAAGAUGAGGGCAGUUUGCAUUUAAUACUCUUAUUUUUGGAAAUGCUUAGUUCUCUGACAUAUUGAACAAGUUGCAUCACUGAUAUCUGCUAGCUAGCUAUUGUUUGGCUAAUAGGGGAGUUCUCAUGUACCCCUUCUUCUCUUACUCUGCCUCCAGAAUAAGAAUGCCUUCUGUGGAAAAAGAUUUCUUAUAGUUCACUUAGAAGUCACAGGGCUCAUUAAAUAUCCUCUGGUUUUGUACAACUGUUGCAUUUUUGGUAUUGAAAGGCUUGUGGUAACAGUUGUGACCCAUGCAGUACCAGCACUAAAACUAUGCAUCUCCCUGGAAGCUCAGGUGGCUGCACUUGGUGGGAACUAUGAACACAUUGCAAAAAGCACCACGAAAGAGUCUAGUAGCCAAGCAUAUAACAAGUUUAGAAACAACCCCCUAAAACAGCUUGUAAAAUAUCUUUACAUCAGCAGAAGAGUCACAAUCCUGACACUCUUCAGGCAUGCCUAUUCCUUAAGUGUUCAUUUUUUUGCCUGCAUUGUCAUCAAGACUAAUCCGCUUUUAAAAUCUUUUUUUAAAAUUAUUUUCUACUAAUUUAAUAAUUGAUUAAAAGAUUCAGUUCCGAAUCUUCAGGAAAAUACCAUAUAUCCCAAAUACUUUUGCCUGUGUUUGGGCCAUGGUUCCAUAGAAUGCUUUUUUGGGGGUGCAAGAAUGCACAGCAUAUAUAUAUAUCCUAUAUAUAUAAAUACAAAGAUUUAAAAUAUGCGACCUAAGAAGCUCAGAGAAGAAAGGUAUGGUGGAAAAUCAGAAAGGAGCUCUUUGUUGGCAUUGCUAUGCCUCUUUUCUAUAGAAAGGAACAAUAAAAAUGGGUAUUAUGUAUAAACACAGUAGGUUGAGGCAGUUCUGGCAUGUCUAAAUUGCACCUGGAGUUUGUUCUGCAAGCCUUUUCCAUUAACGUUUCUGUUGGAAAAGCUAACUUCUUAGAGAUGCAGUGACCCAUCUGAUUUUAAUUUGGUUGUUGGAGAAGGGGUUACUCUUUGAAUUGUGCAUAGCCAGGCUAUUGAGCUACACCUAGUUCUAUUUCCUUGUACAGAUGAUGAUGGCUGCUCAAGUAUGAGCAGCAUGUGGGCAAGCAGCAACCGUCAGCCUUGUUUUAAGUAAACUAAAGUAGCACAAACAGUAAGGAUUGUCUCUGUGAGAUAUUUGACUCCUUAUCAUCACAUUGUCCCCAGUUCUUCCAGUCCAAGGGCUUCAAGGAGAACUGCUAAAGUCGUUUCUGUCAUUUCUCUCCUUGUGUCCCCAUGAUGCAGGGACUGUAGCAUCUCUUCAGUCUAUUUGGCACGUUCUGCUGAUUUCUUAAAUGCUUGCUCAGCCCUGCACAAACACAGCUGUUUAUUUCAUUCCAGCUCAUUUGAGAUAAGACGUAUCCACACAGGACCCUAUGGUACAUGUAAGGGUUCUGCAUCUUCUGCAAGACUGUGUCCUUGCAAAGACAAAGCCCUAGCGAGUGCUUUGGUGCUGCUCGGAAUUCUAGCUUCAGAAGGCUGAACUUCAGCAGGGGUGAACUUCAACAGCCAUUGACCCAAACCCAGAAAAACAUCAGGACAUGCUGGGAAAUCACAGCGGAAUUGCUGAGCCUGAUUCCUCUUCCUGAAAAACCUUGUUUGUCCAGUUGGUGUGAGGCUGCCUGCCUGCUGGCUGGGCUCUGUAAUUCAGGGCCAGCUGAGGCAUGUCAGGCAAAACAAAGCACCAAGACAGGGGAGGAGCCUGUAUUGAUAGGGUUUGUUUUUUUUUUCCUGUUUAUAUCCUGUCUGUACUUACUAAUUCUUCACAGCGGAAUACAGUGUCAGCCCUUGACUGCAGUUUCAGAUCAUGUUUUUAAUGCCUCUGCUGCUGAUUUGUUCCCUAACAUAUGGCUGAUUUAGUCAACACAUGGUAGUUACCUAAUAAAGUAUUACUGCUGCUGGUGUUCCAGCAUAAUAUUGUUCUUAGAGAUAUUUUAGAUAUUUGUCCCACAUUUAUCCACACCCAAACAGAUGUGCACAUUCUCCAGAAUAAAGGAAGACUAGCAGUCGCUUUGGAUCUGCUAUCCAGGGACAUUUAUGCAACUUCUUGCUCAUGGCACUCUGAGAAAAGGAUGGUGUUUUCCUCUAAACCCAGUACUGUGACCGUAAUGGUUUUAGCUAUGCUACACCUAAGAUACCAACCAGAAAGAGUCUGUCACCCAUGGUGCUCCUAUGUAAUACCCAUAUUUGUCCUAAUAGGCAGCCUGAACUUGGACAAAUCCCAUCUGCCCUUGUGACAUGUGAUGUCUGAGCUCUUCUGGGAAGGAGCGUGGGCUUUAUCUGCCCCAAAUCAGCAAAGUGGUGCGUCCCGAAAGGGCAGAUGGGAUAGAUGGAGGCUGCUGGAGGCUGCUGAGCCAGCCAGAGUGCUGGGGCCUGUCCACAUGGCAGGUAAGUGUGGCUGGGAGUGUGUGCUAAUGGCCGGAUUCACUGGGGUUCCCCCACUUCCACAAAUACCAGCUUGGUGGUCCCCACCCUCGCCCAAAGGACAGCCAUGCAGACGAAUGAACUAAACGGUCAGCUAUUUUAGCCAAGGUCCUGUUUCUACACUUGCUCCUCUGCAGGGUGUUUGCAGCCAAAAGACCAGUCCUGGCCGAAAAAGGUUAUUGCAAAAAUCACCAGAGAUUUUACUCCUGGGAACAUGCUGUCGCCAUAUGGUCUCCGCAUUAAUAAUACCAAACAAGUGCUUCAUAGUGUUCUAAUAACAAAUACCAGAGGAAUUAAUAAUAAUCUAGCUAUUAUUUUCUAAUGUUCUCACUUUAUGAACAACUUUUAUACUGUCUGAAUGAGCUCUUCUGGAAGAUCAACAUCUGGUACCCACAUGAGAACCUGAUGAAAUCUGAACGGUCCUGGGUAUCUUACACCUUUAUUGCCAGCAACACCAUCUGUUUCUGCCAGCAUGGCUUACAGUAAUACUACAUUUUUCUUUUGUUCUAGGUGCAUAGCGUAAUGUCCAUGCUGUACUACACUCUGAUUAUAGCUUUUUUGAUCGGCACACAGGCAGCUCCAAAGUCAGAGGACAAUGGUCCACUGGAGUAUCCUGCAGAACACUCCUUACCCAGUACACAACAGAGUAACGGACAGCACAUUUCCAAGGCAGCCCCACAGACAACCCACAGCCGCUUUGCUUGGAUGCCAGAUGGAACAGAAGAUUUAAAUAUCGCUAUGGACCAAAACUUCUUUAAGAAGAAGCGUUUCCGGUCUUCUCGGGUCCUGUUCAGCACGCAGCCACCUCCAGUGUCAAGGAAAGGACAGAGCACGGGAUUUCUCAGCAGUGCAGUCUCUCUCAACAGGACUGCCAGGACCAAGAGGACUGCACAUCCCGUAUUGCACCGGGGAGAGUUCUCAGUGUGUGACAGUGUCAGCAUGUGGGUUGGGGACAAAACCACAGCCACUGACAUCAAAGGCAAAGAGGUGACCGUGUUGGGAGAGGUCAACAUUAACAACAACGUUUUUAAGCAGUACUUUUUUGAGACCAAGUGCCGGGACCCUAGGCCAGUCUCCAGCGGGUGCCGAGGGAUCGAUGCGAAGCACUGGAACUCUUACUGCACCACAACACACACCUUCGUCAAAGCACUGACCAUGGAGGGCAAGCAAGCAGCCUGGCGAUUUAUCCGGAUUGACACAGCCUGUGUGUGCGUGCUCAGCAGGAAGUCAGGGAGACCCUGAGACGGAGCUGAACCCCACAACAACAUCCUCCUAUCCCCCUACCUCAGCCUGUAAAUUAUUUUAAGUUAAAAAAAGGACUGCAUGGUGUAUUUAUAGUUUAUACAAUACAAAAAGAACCUCAUUAUUUAUUAAACUCUUUUGGAAACCCUU